ACCGCAAGCACUACAACACAACGUUAGUUUACUGCUUUUACUGCAGGGCACAGCAAAGAAGUUGCAGCAUUCCAGCAUAUCUGAAGCACAAGAUUAUCGAAGAGUCGAAGAUGCCUGAUGAACAUCGCCUUGUCUCAGAUAUCAGCGAACCGGGCAGCAAAGUUCCAGACUUGACAGGAGGCAAGGGUUCGUCUCUAGCGGUGCUUGACUCCAUUGCCAGGGAAGUGCACACGUUUUCAGUUCCCCGGGGAUUUAUUGUCACAACCAAGUCUUACAAGCACUUUUCCUCAAGUAUAGAAUUUCGAAAAUUGAUGCAAGAAAUGGAGACUGCAAUGUCCAGGGAUAAUUGGCAGACAGCACUGAAAGAAGCCUGCUUCGGAUUGGUAAAUGCUCUGGAAAAUCUCAAAAUGCCUGCAGAUGUCCAAGAAUCAAUCUGUCACCACAUAUCCAAGUUUGACAAAGACACAAUGUUUGCUGUCAGAUCUUCAGCGUUAGGUGAAGACUCCGAGGAUAUGUCGGCUGCAGGUCAAAUGACAACCCUUCUCGGAGUUCGGGGCUAUGAAAACGUCGUCAGCGCUGUGGUGAAAUGCUGGGCUUCACAGUUCAGCUUCACUAAUGUGAACUAUAAGAGACAAUAUGGGCAGCCUUUGGACGUCCCGAUGGCAGUAGUAGUGCAAGAGCUCGUCAAUGCCGACACUGCAGGUGUGAUGUUCACCUGUGAUCCACUCACGGGAAACCCAGGGUAUAUCACAGUGACCGCCAACUACGGUAUUGGAGAGUCAGUUGUCUCUGCCUCUGCGGAACCAGAUACAUUCACGUUGAAGAAGAGAGGACCCCAGCAGCCCAUCAUCGAAUCACGUCAAAUUGGGCAAAAGUCCGUGUGCACUACUGCGUCAGAGGGCGGUGGUGUGGCCACCGUAUCGCUAAGUACGGAAAGAACCACGUGUGCCUGCAUCUCAGACGACGACGUUCAGACUUUGGCCGCUAUUGGCGCACAGGUUGAAAAGACGUACACAGCACCGCAAGACAUUGAGUGGGCACUCAGGGAUGGAAUGUUCUUCAUGCUGCAGUGCCGCUCCGUCACAACAUUCUUCAGGGAGAGUGACUGCGAGAUGCUCCACGAAUUCGACGAAGGUAUAAAGUCGGCCAAAGAAGUUUUGACCAAGGGAAAUGCAUCAGAAGUGCUACCAGGAGCAGCGUCCCCACUGUCUAUGUCUUUGCUUCGGUGUGGCUUCGAGGCACACGGCAAGGGCACUGCUGAGCGGUUUAUGUACGCCAGCAGCCCUGAUCGAUCACAAUACAUACCAAUGUGGGGACCAAUGCAUCGCUACAGCUACUUCCUUUGGUUGUCUGAUGGUCUCCGAAAGACGGGACCGGAUGCAAAUGUCAUGGAGAAGUCAUUUAUGUACAGUAUAUUGGGGCGUGACGCAAGCGAAGAAGUAGCAGCUGGUGUGAAACGGACGAGGACGAUUAACCGCUGGAAGCUUCCAGUGCAGUUUUACCACAUUGCAAAGUCGAUGCUUACUGUCAGCUACGGUGUAGAAAGCACAUCAAGAAAAGCUGCCGAGCUCCGCCUGUUCGUGGAUCAAAAAUCAACCGCAGCGCAGAUACAUGACUACAUGGGCCGCAGCUUGCACCACUUACGCGAGCCUGCUACUCUUCUGCUGAAGGUGUCCUUAUCUUCUUCCUUCUACAACGCCAUCAUUAUUCAUAUUCUCAGUGCUGCCAGAGGAGCGCUCGACGCCGAAGUUUUCAAUGAGUUGGCUAAGAUUUUGAGAGGCGCAGAAGCGGAGAGUGCUGACGUACCGCGAAUGAUAAAGGAACUGGGUCAAGUUCUCAGGGAGUCUCCAGAAAAAGAGAAAUUCCUCAAGAUGACAUCAGAGGAGGCAUGUCAGUGGCUCUCAAUGGUUGAAAACGAAUGCGGAAAGAAGUACCGGGAAUUCAUGAAGAAGCAUGGCCACAGGGCGGUUAAAGAGCUUGAUGUCUACACCAAGCCAUGGUCACUGGAUCCUUCGUCGCUUGUCAAAUCUUUAAAGGUGGCUGCAGCAUCUCCUCAGGUAGAGCAGAAGGCUUCAUCUACUUCGUGGGACGUCUCAAAGGUCCCAUAUAAGCUGUCCACCUUUCAGAGGGUCUUGUUGAAGUUCGUGGCGCCCAAGGCACGAGCCGCCGUGGAGGCACGAGAGGUGGCAAAGUCUGCCGCGGUGCGCGUGGUCCACCAACUACGGCUGCUUUGCCACCAGCUGACGCAGCGCAUGCUGCACGAAGGAAGACUACCUUCAGCGGAGCUGCUCUUCUUCCUCACCUAUGAAGAGAUCGGCAUCCUUCUGCGCACAAGAUCCCCGGAGCUGGUUCUCAAGGCUCAGCGACGCCAGAAAAUUUACGCGGUAGCCGACAAGGACUUGUACCCGUCCAUCUUUGUCGGCAUCCCCAAGCCGAUUGAGCGCAUUAAAAGACAUAUUGAAGGGGACUUUGAAAUAAAAGGCAGCCCAAUGUCUCAGGGCGUUGUUGAAGGCAAAGUUCGCGUGGCGCCGACGUUUGGCGAAGCCCAUCUCAUACAGAAAGGCGAGAUACUGGUAACGACUGCCACCGACACUGGCUGGACGCCGUACUUCCCCCUGUUGGCCGGAGUCGUGACAGAGAUUGGAGGCCCACUGUCUCACGGUGCCGUCGUUGCUAGGGAAUACGGUCUUCCAUGCGUGGUCGGUAUUGAAGGCAUCACGACGAUGCUUACUUCUGGCGACUACAUUGAGCUGGAUGGAAACACCGGCCUCGUCAGAAAGAUUCCCGUUCCGGAGGCUCAAGAUGAUGCACAAUACUCUUGACUCAAAACAAAUAUUUUAGCCGUCCAUUAGAAAGAUAACAGCUAAUAAAAUAGAAAUAUUUGCUUUGUA